AUGAGUUCAACAACAGAGCCUUCAAAAGAAGCACCGGUUUCGAAUGUGUCUUCUUCAUCUGCCGGGGGAGGAGCAACCAUAUUAAUAGCGCUGCAAGUCGGUUCCCGAGCCCUAACAUUCAUCGUCAACCAAAUCCUCCUCCGCUAUCUCUCACCCGAACUCCUCGGAAUCUCAACACAGCUAGAAGUCUACUCAAUUUCCGUCUUAUUUUUCGCUAGAGAAAGUCUGCGUGUGGCUAUCCAGAGGCAAACGGAUGAACCUGGAAAUGGCAAAGACGAAGGCAAGAAGGACGAAAAGGUGCCGGGCGGUCACGUGGAUGGACGGACAGCAGCUGGAAAGACACAGGCAAUUGUGAACCUAGCUCAUCUUUCCAUCUACCUCGGUGUUGUCUUUGCCGUCAUACUGGCCUGGCUAUAUCUCCGAUACACGGACCCUAUUGUUUUGCAAACGCCGUAUUUUCAAGGGGCGUUCAAACUGUAUAGCAUUGCUGCGGUCUGGGAACUGUUGGCGGAGCCGUGCUUCGUUGUCGUGCAGCAUAAAUCUCUGAUCAAGAUUCGUGGGAGGGCCGAGGCUGUUGCUACGGUGCUGAGAUGUCUCAUGACUUGCGGGUCUGCUAUAUGGGCUUCGCGAAACGUUGUUGAUAUUGGGGUUCUGCCGUUUGCGCUGGGGCAGGCUAUGUAUGCUGUGUCGUUGGCGCUGGUGUAUUAUGGGAGCGUGUGGGAUGUAUCUUCAGCGGGUGGCUUCAACUUGGUUUUGACACCCAUAUUUUCCGAUGACAAAGCGGCUUACAUCCUGUCGUACUUCUCCCGGCCUCUCUUGAUUCUCGGAACCAGCCUUUUUGUACAGUCAAUAGUGAAGCAUGUCCUCACUCAAGGGGAUACAUUCCUCAUCACUGCCCUCGCCACGCCCGUAUCCCAGGGCAUCUACGCACUCGCAAACAACUACGGUGGUCUUCUCGCCCGGCUAAUCCUCCAACCAAUCGAGGAGAGCAGUCGUAAUAAGUUCGGGAAACUGCUAUCCACAGUCGAUGGCGCUCCCUCCAAGACAAAGAUCGAAGAGGCUCGGAAAGACCUGCUCAUGCUUCUACGAUCUUACGCUCUGCUCUCCGUAUGCGUACUUUCCGUUGGCCCAACUGUCGCUCCGCUCCUCCUCAAGAUUGUCGCCGGAUCAAGAUGGACGACAUCUGGAGCAGGAGACGUGCUGGCUACCUACUGCUACUACAUCCCGCUCUUGGCAUUCAACGGCCUGACUGAAGCAUUCGUCUCCUCCGUCGCGACGGAAUCAGAAGUCAACCGACAGUCAAUAUGGAUGCUCGCGUUCUCCGCGGGCUUCGCAGGCUCCGCUUUCCUAUUUCUACAAGUGUUGGAGAUGGGAGCUAAAGGGUUGGUUUGGGCGAAUGUCCUCAACAUGUUUUUCCGGGUUAUCUGGAGCACGGCUUUCAUAACAAGCUAUCUGAAACGUCACGGCAGCACGCUCUCACUCGGCGAAAUAGCACCUGCGCCUCUCACCAUCGCAGCAGGAUUCGGGACAUACGCCGUACUGCGGCAAACAGCCACGACCUUCAACGGCGGCUUCACGGAUCUCGUAAAAAGCGGAGGCAUAGCGGCGGUAUUUGUAGUCAUGCUUGCCUUCAGCGAACGCGCGUACCUUCUUCAAUGCUGGAACUCUAUGAGAGGACAGGGGAAACGGGACUAG